AUGUUUGCAACAAGUUGGUUUGUUUGGUUGUCAGUUUGUCUUCAUUGUCGGACUCCAAACGUAGAUUUGAAGAGAUGUGCGGACAAACAAACAAAGAAAGCCAUAGGGGGUUGGGAUAGGAUAUCUAUCGCUCUUUGUUGUUGUUUAGGGACAUUAAUUAGUUCUACAUCUCAAUUGGAACAACAACUUCAACAAACAAACAAUCAAAAUACAACUACAACUAUAACUACAAAUCCAUUUAUUGGUAUUAUUGAUACAAUACAAUUAACAAAGGACAAUGAGAGCCACGAGCAGUACAAAGAAUAUUUAGAGGCUUAA